AGGUUGAAGUUUGUUUUACUCGCGCGCGUAUCGAGUCUCUCUCUAUCCCUGGGGAUGAUAGGUCUGAGGUGCAGAUCAGCACAGCUACUAGUGCUCCUGACGUCCAGACAUGCUCUAGGCUCACUCGACGCAUCUCCUUGGAGCCACGUCAAUGUGGUUCUCUCUAGACCCCUCCAAACGUCUUGUCCAACUACUGCUGCUGCUGGAGACGAGAGUGAAGUUGAGAGAGCGAGGGAGACAGAUGCAACCCGCAAACAGAAUCCCUCAACAACACAAGAAGAUACAAUCUUCUCCAAAAUCCUAAGAAAAGAGGUUCCUGCGGACAUCAUCUAUGAGGACGAAAUGGUGCGACCUCUUUUGAACAGAUCCACUCUUUCUUUUACGUAUCAUUUUGAUGUUUUGUUUGAAACUCAGUGUAUGGCGUUUCACGAUGUGUCACCGGUAGCUCCAACUCAUUUCCUGGUCAUCCCUAGAAACCCAAUCCCAAUGCUCUCAGCUUCAACUGACCGUGAUACUCAGCUGUUGGGGCAUUUGCUGGUGGUGGCACGGAACCUUGCUGAGAAGGAGAAUCUAUCUGAUGGCUACAGAAUUGUAAUCAACAAUGGAAGAGAUGGUGCUCAGUCAGUCUAUCAUCUUCAUGUUCAUGUGAUUGGUGGUCGGCAGCUGAGCUGGCCUCCUGGAUAGCUAUGACAACUGUAAAAGCUAUUAAACAAUUAUGGUAGUGUUAUGAUAGUUUUGUAUGGCACUAUUAUUAUAGUAAAUCAUUAACGAUGACCACUUGCAAAGUCAAUGAUAGCUACCUUUUUAUUAUUAUAGUCAGAUCUAUGGUAACACUGUAGCAUGAGAUCAUGGAAGUUGUUGAUAGUCAGAUCUACAGUCUGUCAUUUCAGCGUGAUAGUGGGUGGCGGUUGUACCACUGGGAUCAUUCCUAUGAUCCCAUACUGAGGCUGGAUGCGUCUCCAUUCCCUCUGUAGCAUUGACAAACAGUCGUGUUCUGACGUUAAGAUUGGCCAGUUGUACCCUCCUCCUCCUCCAACAAUACUUACAACAACACCAGAGUACAUCUCUUGGAAAUGUCAGCGCAUUUAUUGCUAUUACAGUUAUGCAACUAAACAGAGAAUUUACAAAAACAAACACAGGCCCUUCAAACUGGACAUAAUUGACACUGAAGAAUACUAUAAAAGAAACCAAAGAGGCUACUAGAAUAACACCCAAAAAGGGAAGGAGUUUUAAAAGCAUGCUAUUGUUCACAUUACUUCUUGCUAACAUGCAUAUAAAUACUAUCAAACAAACAAUGCUCAACACGUUCAAAACGAAAGAUACAAACAUAAGUAGAAAUGUUGACCCCAAAUAUACGACAAAACUGAGAUUUUCCUCAUCUGGCGUAGUAAGGCGAUAUGCUAUCAGAAUAUUGAGACUCAUAAUAUACAAAACGACUGAUAUCGGUACAACAAUCUCAAGGCAUAUUCCGAUUGCCUUUGCUUUCCGAGAUUCAAAACACGUUUUUAGACCCCCAGGUAAAAAUGGAAACACUACAUGAAAAGCAAACCUGCUGCUGCCAACGAUAUAUAAAAAUUCGUACAUGAAAUGAGAAUGAUUUGGAAAAUAUAGACAACAAUCAAGGGUCUGCAUAUAUUAGUGUUAAACUUCCCUCCGUUCAAAAGAAGGGGAAUUAAAAUGAGAAUGGUUUGCAAAAUGUAGAAUAUCUCGAAAGAGCGAGUGAAUCGUUUACUCGCAGUGUUCCACGCUUUCUUUCUCAAACGUAUUGACAGAUAGACGAGGAACAAAAACAUUACCAGUGCAGGGGCGGCUUCAAUCCACAGUACCCAUUCUAAUUGAAUUGGAUCAAUGAAGAAAGCAUACAAAGUCACGUUAACAUCUCCACAGUCCAUGGUUCGAGUUCUGGAAAAUGAAUGGCAGAGUACGCAGCGUGCUAGCAGCCUUGUCACGGCGGAACACAGCCAGUGCUGCCGGGUACAGAAAGAUG